AUGUUAGAUGAAAUUCAUAGACACGAACGUGAAGAGCUAGAGAACAAGCUUGAAGCAAAAGACAAAAACAUACAGAAAAGAAUACCACGUUCGGUACCAAAAGGAAAGGAAAAGAACUAUAAGUAUAUGAUUUAUACUGAAGAGAUGGAAAAUGAAGAAGAUAAAGAUAUGGUUAUGUUGCAUUUAGUCAGAAGAAACAACAAAAGCUUUUACGACCUUGCUAAGAUUUACAAAUCUGACAGAAAUUGGUUCUAUCGCGAAAACUUACCGAUUUCAAUGACACCAAAUGAAGAUGUGAAACAAAUAGUUCAAGAUACUUUACCUCAAACACACUAUGAUAUUAAAGGUUGUACAAUACUUACCUUCAAAGAAGAUUUGCCGCUACUGAAAGAAAAAAUAACAGAGUAUUUUGACAACUUCAAACAAGCAGAGUAA